CACGGGAACACACCAUCCCUGGAACACGGAGUCUGGCUGGGAGCGGAGAAACGGGAAUGCACUGGGACGAAAAAACUGAGGAGAAUAAAUAUUACCUGCCAUCUGUUGGUCUUCUUCACUCAUCUGUCAUCCACUGUCACUUUUUUUUCUUUUUCUGAGGAGAACUUCUUCAGAGCCUCCAGUGAAAACACAUACAUAUAGAGAUAUAUCUAUAACAAUCCUAUACAUAUAUCAAUAUACAGUAUGCCUGUUUUCAUAAACAGCGUAUGGGGGACAGAACUGAGCAGAAGGAAGACACCUUGAUUGUGAAAACAAAAGCAUCAGGAGGACUAAAGAACAACAGAUAUUCAUUUGAGAGAACAGUACAGUGUAAAACACUGAGAAUGACUUGUGGAAUACCUCCGAACUGUAGCGUGAGGCAUCUCUUCCUCGCUGGCAUCACGCAGUGUUCAGUGGGACAAAGAUCACGUAUAAGGCUUGAUUCCAACAGUGUCAUUUCUUCAGGCUUCUGAAUCGGAAUUCUACUAAGUGCUGUUUUUUUGUGUUUUUUUCUCGGGCCACGAAACAGUUUGUCUCAAGGUUAGAUCUUCGAAGCUGGAGUCUCUCCAAAGGGGAGGAAUCUUGCUCGCUCUCGCUCUCUCCCUGUAGUGAUGACAAAGAAGAGCACGUUGUGUGCUGAAGUGGCGUGGAAAGCUCUCCGUCUCGUUCCCUGAUGAGGGCUGCAUUCCCUGUAUCAGCUUGCCGUUUAGGAGCCGGACAACAAGUCAGCAUUAAACCUGCUCUAAACUUGAACUCUUUGCUCAGUAAACUUGCUUUCUUGGUUCACAUUAAGUAAACUCUGUUGGUUUAAUUGUACCCAGUGACGCUGUUGCAUUCUUGGAUACGCAUUGUGGGAUUACUCAAAGAGGAUCAUGGCUGCCUCACACCUGUUUUUGAAUGUGUUGACUGCCGUUUUACUGUUGAGCUACAUUUCUUACGGUCAAAAAUCCAACACCGCCAGCACAGGUGAACAAGCCACAAAUCGGACGGCUGCUCCGUCUGGUGCCCCGGAGGUCACACUCGCAACCCCGGGAUCAGACGCAGAUGAAACCCCAGUGGCUGGCAGCCGCUGUUGGGGUUACUAUGAUGUAAUGGGCCAGUGGGAUCCUCCGUUUAAUUGUAAUGCAGGAAUCUACCUGUUCUGCUGUGGCUCCUGCUACUACCGAUUUUGCUGCCAGUUCAAGGUUCACAGUCUGGACCAGACGUCUUGUUCCAAUUACGACACGCCGGUGUGGGCCAACACAGGCAAGCCGGCGGCUCCAGUGACCGAUGUCCAGGAGGAACCGGAUCGAGACCGCACUACCAUGAUCGUGUACAUAAUAUGCGGAGUGGUGGCCAUCAUGGUGCUGGUUGGGAUCUUCACCAAACUGGGCCUGGAAAAAAGUCAAGGAGGACAGACGGACAUGACAAACUCCAGGGCCCUGACGGAACUGCUAAAACAGCCAGGCGAGCCCGGGGGUGUGGACAGAGGAGGAGGCCACCACCCUAUCGGAUCCAACGGCAUCUCUGGCAGGUCAAUGCGCACCAACAACGAGCAUAACCACCUGAAUAACGUCACGCUUCCUCAUUUGAGUCCCGCAAUGACUCUGUCCCAGCCUCACAACAACCUGGGCUUCAACAAAUACUCCUCUCUCAAGACCAUGGAUAUUACAGCAAGGGAUUAUUACCCCAAGAGCUACCCCAUGAUGGAUUACGUACACCGCCAAUCCUCGCCUGCAACCUUCCAGCCUAUUGCUUUCCACCCAAAAGACAAACACUUUCUUCCCCCUCCAGACAUCCAUACUCCAUUGGCCAUCACCAUUACGUCAGCUCAAGUCCCCAAGCCCAAGAUCUCCAAGACUAACACCCACCCACUCACCUCGAGCUCAGCCUUCAAAGUUUGGGACCCUAACAAGAGCCAUGUCCAACAUCAGGUCCCUCUCAUGAUGCAGCCACAGCCACCACUGUCCCAACCAAACAGUCGUCGCCAGGCCUUCUCCAACAAGCGUCAGUUUAGCAUUGAGACUCUUCCAGAGUUGUUCACUCAGCCUCUGGGGUAUGAACAGUCUCCACACCUCCACCCAAAACACAAGGGACUGCCCACGAACAGCAAAACAGAAGUGACGGUCUGAGGCGAAAUCCUGGGAAGGAUACAAACACAAGAAAGCAUGACUUGGAUUAGACAACCGGAUGUGAAAGCUUCUACACAUGUGCUUCAGUUAUAUUUACAGUAUAUUUCCUCCUAGUGUUUGUUUUGGACUAGAUUUAUAUUCAUUGUACUAUAAUACAAAGAAAUGAAGGGGAAAACAUUGCAUGGUCUUGAUUCCGAUUCUUGGUGGGCCUUGAAUCCCUAGUGAUCCUAGCUCCCCUCUAAAAUUCUGGCCUGUUGUUCUUGUACUUCUGGCCUUCAGAUGUCUCUUGUGGCCCAGACCCAUGUGUCCGUUAGCAAAGGGAAGGAACCUUGCACCUCAGGAGCCUUCACACCCUUCUGGACAAGGCCAUUGUGUUGUCAGCUUCCAUCAGCCAAAAGCUGCCACACAGUGAGCUAUUAUUCUGACAAUUCUAAACCACUGAGGACAAAGAACAGCGAGGAAGCAUACGGAAGGGGACAGUGAAGAAACCAAGGUGCCCAGUGAGAGGGAAAGAGAGUUUCAAGUGUUGUGAUGUCUAAGGGUUUGUUAUUUCAGCCAACGGAUAAGGGUCUAGGUGAAUUUGGCAAAGUCCAAUGUCUCUCGGUCUCUUUUUCUCAACACCAUCAUCAAAGGAUGCAUUCAAGUACUUGUCCAGGGAGCAAACUGCCAACAUCAAGUCAUAGCUAUUCUGGCUGUUUCUAUUUCAAACUUUUGUUUGAGACACAGCACAGGUAAAGACAAGGUCGAUAAGCCAGUCUCUGUUACAGACAGAACUCAAGAGAGACAUUUCAGGGGACAACAGUCGCCCGAAGAGAUGAGGUGCCAUAGUGACGGAGGAGGUGAACAAAUCCAGCAAUGUCAUAAAUAGCACUGCCAAAACAACUUUGCUAAAUUGACCCAUCUGUAUUCUUGGCAAUAUCUGUCAAAAAGCAUGCUUCCUUUGAAUAAUUCUGAAUGUAAAUAAUUAUCCUUUUGGUGAAAGCAAGAACCUUUUAGACUGUGGCAAAAUCAAGCAUGUAGCAGCAAUACCUAUACCCUAUUGUAGCAUCCUAAUGGGCAUGGGAAAUCUGGUGAUGGGCAUCAGUUUUAAAGGGAAGAGUGUAGGUGUCUUAAGAGUUGCUCGAGAGACCAAGGAAAAUGGUAGCAAUACUAGGCCUAUCCGUCCUCUCCUGCCUGGGGCCACAUGACUGAUGGACACAGCUGUUAAACUCACUCUCUCUCUGCUGUUCCAAGCUGUUCCCUGGCAGGCGUUUGGCUGCCACAAUGCCACAGAACAGCAGGGGGCGCUGUAAUUGAUGACAGCUUGCUUCUAAUACAGAAGAUCUUAAAUAUGUUCUCCCAUACUGCCUGUAGACACUUCUUUCUUGUCUGUCUUAUCCGUUUUUCAUUGACAAUGGAUCUGAAUCGAGAGUUAUGGUUAUUGACCCACAGAAAUGUCUGAUGGUAACCUCUUGCUUUACAUAACAUAACAUAACAUAACAAUAACAUAACAAUAAUGCAUCUGUUUACCAAGCAAACGAUUGCGUCUAAAAAGUAGCACACUUUGUUUGAACAGCCUUGUGAGAUUUUACAGGCCAAUGAGAUCUGAUGUUCAAGCCACAUAGGGAAUAUAAAAGAGUUUGAAAUGUUCAUUGGAACUGCUUGCAAAUAAAACGGCAGUAUUGUGAGAGACAGAAAAGGAGAAUGAAACUCGAAAGCAGGAGGCAACACACUCGUAAUGGUACAAAGCAUUCCUUUUAAUACAUUAGAUCGCAUUAUAGUCAUUGCAGUACAUGUUACGGCAGUUGGGUCUGUAAUGAACUAUAAAGAAAGGACGAAACAAGAAAGAAACAAGUAGCUCUCUCUCUUUAUUUACCCACUAGCUUCAUUUUGGAGAUAAUUUCUACUUGUGGACCAACUACAGGGACAGCAGUUCCAAAAAUAACAACAAUUACAGUUACAGCAUGUUCCUCGAUGGCUAUUUUCAACCCUUGAAUUGAUGCGAGGAUGUAUCAACAUGCUCUCAUGGGUCAGCAUCAAGGCAAACUAUCCUGAGCUACAGUGAUGCUUCAUUCAGUUUCGGUGGCAAUGGCUCCAGGGUGUCAUUGGGUUUCAGGGGCAAACCCUGGAGGACAGACACGGCUGUCAGACUCUCCUAGCACAGAGAUGUCAAGCGAUGCCAAGGUGAGCCAGCUACACAGCCCUCUGCCUGAAAUGGAGCCGCUUUAUCGGCCAGGAGGUCAUGAAGUCUGUCUUUGAGGAAUGCCGGAAAAGACUAGAGCAGAUUUAGAUUUUGACAAAGCCACAGUGACAAGAUCUCUGGCUGGAUCAGUUUGAACCCUGAAUCAGAUGAGGACUAUCGUCCAGGUAUAAACUUUGAUUUUAACUUAAUAAAGCGCUGGAUUGGUAAAUUAACUACUUAAUUCCACAGUUUGAGGACUAUAAAGUGAAAUCAAAAGAGGCUGCGUGCAUUCACAUCUGUUACAAAGAAACACAAGGUGUAAAUAUCUACUUUCGAAUUCCUUCGGUGUGAAGAAUCAUUUCCAGGGGUUCUUUUAAACCACCCAAAUAAGCUGAAGGACUGUUGUUUCUGAUUUCUUCUUAAAACGAAAGCGUUCUACCUGUGAUGUGGAUGCUACCAGGUAGUAUUUUAUCUUUAGCAAUACAUGAUGUACUUUUUACUGUUUAUGUACUAUUUGCAAUGUCGUUUUUUUUGUACCGUAAGCGUAAUUGGAAUCAAAGUCGAGCCUGCCGCAGUUGACAACCAUUUGACGGAGAUGAAGUGCUUCCGAAUUUUAACACCCUUCUCACCUUCUUUACUAACUUAAAAGAUGUCUUGCCAUAUUUGAAGCUUGCGCUAUAUGUAUAAAGCUUAUAAUUUUUAAAAGACGUAUUAUAACCAAUGCUUGAAUGACAUGUUAGUUGCCAAUCCAGAGACAUGUUAUAUGUAUAUUGCAGAAUCACAUUGUUCCCAUUUGUUUGGUGGCUCCAUUCGUUUGGUGGUAUGUUGGACCAAUCUAAUCUUAUGCACUAUUCUAAACUGAACCUUUUGUGUAUGUAUAAUUAGGAUGAAUUCUAAUAAGGGCUUUAAAGGAUGUAUGUGAUAUUAAUAGGAGUUGCCUGUGUUCAACAUGGAAAGGGUUAGUUUUUCCCAAUGCAAUGACAGGGAGUACAGUUGCUUGUGUCGGAGUGUAGGGUAAACUAUAACAAGAGGUUGUGAAAGUGAUGCUCUGUCCUGCAAUCAAAAUUUUAGGGAAUUUAUUUUUGCCUGUGUGUGUUUGUGUAUUACUCUCCAUCACAAAGCAAAAAUUAUGUUCCCUCUUUCAGAAAAUGGGACUUUUCUUGUUUAAACCCUGAAUAGACAUGCAUAAAGAUGUUAAGGACAUAUGAGAAAAAAGACAAUUGCUCUAAGUUUGAACCUACCAGCAUUAAAGGAAAUCCAAAGCCA